AUGGCUGAUACCCAACUGAAGAUGACUAGUCCCCCCAAUUCUUAUGUGGAAGACUGCAAGAAACAUUUAAUGAACAUUUUUGAAGAUAUGACCAAAGACUGUGAGGACAAGAAUUCGAGAAAUUUUUUCGACAAUAUUAGGGACUACGACGCCCUUAAUGCAAAAGCGAUUCAAAUAUUCUGUUCUAUGGUAGAUUUCGGCUUCCUUGAUGAAGCAAGAGAGCUCUUUAAGCCACUCUCCGGUCAGGUCACUCUGCCUCAAGUGGUUGUCUUCACCAUGGUCAUUUCAACCUACGUCGACAAUCGCCACAUCAAGGAUGCUCACAAGGUCUACCAGCAGAUGAUAGCCUCUGGUGUCACCCCCACCACCUACACUUAUGCUUUACUCAUCUGUGGAUUUGCACUAGACCAUUCCAAUUUGGAUUAUGUCGGAUAUGCCAAGAAGUAUUUCCUUGAAAUGUUGGAUAGGGUAUGA